UCACCGGUGCCCGGAGGCACAUUCAACGUGGGGCGGCACUGCAAUUGCCACCCACUGGCCACUCCCACUGCUUCCACCUGCAUCUGUCUCUCGAAUCACAUACCUCUAAGUGUGACACUACUCAAUCGAAGGGUAAACUUGCUGUCUCUCCCAUAGCUUGCGGAUUGCAAACAUCGCUCGUUUCUGAUACACAAUCAGGCAAUUGAUAUAAUGUCGUUGAGGCGUUUCUUUGGCUUUUCUGAUGGGGAGUUGAUGAGGUCUGAUGCAAAACCUUGUUCUAGACUCAUGAGACAGACGGCUGGAAUUUUUACUGUUGGGGGAGGAUUAGCAUUUUGGAUUCUCUGCCGUCUGCAUUACGGUCCUCGAAUUACAAUUCCUAGGAGUCUUCGGUGGGCAGCUUGUGGAGCUGUAACUGUUAGUUCAAGCACUGCUUUGCUGGUUCGGUUGUUUAGUCCUGAAUGCGAGCCCCAGAAUAUAGCUGCUUAUGACAAGAAGAAGUAGGGCAGGCCGGGAUUACAUUGCUCAUACCCCUUCCCCUAAGUGAUUUGCUGCUGUCUUAUACUGUUAUUUUGGUAGGAUUUGAAAGUAAAACACACGGCGUUGCUAGUGGUUUCUUUGGAAACAUUCAUGGGUGGGUGUGUCAUGCGUGCAUCUGAUGUGCAGGUGUAUGUUUACGUGAAUGAAUUUAGAUGCGUGUGUAGGUGAGGUGAAUUUGAUUACAUGGACUGUUUAAAUUGGAACAAAUUCGUCAAAUUGCAUGCCAGUUGCUCGUUCUUUGUCUCAAACUUUGUGAAAGAUGAUAGUCUAGCUGGUUCUGCCU